AUGGCCGCCGCCGUGCACCGCGAUUUGAGUGAUCUUAUACCGUGGGAAGAAAACCCAUCGAUUAUAUGGAUUAAGGUGUUUCGCAGAACAGAUGAUCUAGAUGUCGACGGUCUCCGCGGUCUGAAUUUCAUCUUCGUCGACAAACAUGGGAAGAAAAUCAAUGCAAGAACAAGUUACAGAAGCAGGGAUCAAUUCAGGUUUUCCUUAACCGAAGGAGAAUGGAGAGAGAUCUCGAGAUUCAAAAUCACAUGCGACAAUUGGAACAGAUCAGACUACAAGAUCGCUAAUCACAGAUACAUGAUCAUGCUAAAUAAUGACACAAAAUUAUGGCCGCUGGAGCCUCUCUCAGACCAUCAUUUCUUCGAGUUCACUCAAUUUGAAGAUGUCACCAAUGGAAAUCAUGACGAAUGUUUUUCUCUAGAUCUAAUCGGAACUAUUUCAUACAUGGGGAAGCUUUCACCUCAUCCUAAAACUCUUGAAGAGCGAAGAUGCAUUCUGUUUCACUUGAAAAACGAAAGGAACGUUGAACUAUAUUGCAUCGCGUGUGAUAAUUUUGCUGAGGAUUUGAACGAAAAUUGGAAAUCAAUGAAUCGUAGAAACGUGAUAGCUGUGCUAGGUGAAUGGAGAAUCACUCGCUCAAAGGGUAAGUAA